CUUUGUUCCUCUUAACCCCCUCUCAAUCUAUUCAAAUACUUGUCCUCUUUUGUUAAUUAAGCUAUGGACACCUAUCCACAAUUUGUGCCUAGAGCACUGACUGUGGAAGAUCAGGAAGACAUUUCACCCUACUGCUCACUCUCAAACUACGGUGCCCAGUUACAGCAACAGGCACACUUUGCCCUCCAAGACCAAGGCAAUUGGCAGGGAGCACUUGAUGAAUUUUUGCCUCUAGAUAAUGACCCGUUCUUUCAGCAAACCCUGUCGAUCAAACCCAUGUCUCAAACACCGUCUGAUAUCUCAAUCCUCUCUUUCCAGUCAGCAUUAAUGGCUGGGUAUGACAGUCAACUCCACAUCUCACUUGGACAGGAUUCGAUGUUCGAUCCCCUAGUAACAAACAACAGCCUGUCGAUGGAAAGCCAAUUCCUACCCAGCCCUCUCGGACCAUCCCUUUCAUCCGAAACAGUAGUCGGCUCCGUCUGGCCUGACUCUCAGGACCAAUCUACACCAUAUAACCAAAAGACCGAAAAUGAUUUUGGAAGCAUUUCCUUCUCACCUCCAACCAGCACCCUCAGUUCAUACCAAGCACCCUUGACACCUCUGAGCAUCGGAAGCAUCGAAUUUGACGUCCCCAUCGAACCAACCAUUGACAGCUACCAAUUUCAGUCUAUUGAAGAAUCAGUAAACGUCCAACCUAUUGAACACCAAAAACUACCACAGCUACAACCACAGCUACAACAAAAACAGCAAAAACAAAAGCCAGAAAAAGUCCGUGUCCAGAAAAAAUCAACUCACAAUGCUGUAGAACGUCGUUACCGCAACAACAUCAACGAUCGUAUUUCCGAAUUAAAAGAAGUCGUACCUGCUCUUCGGCACGCGAAACUCAAGGACGCACGAACCACCGGAAAACGCUCCCACCGCUCAGACGAAGAAGACGAAGACGAAGACGGUGAGGAAUACCUUGAAGGUGUUUCAGUUGCGACCAAGCUCAACAAGGCCACCAUUCUUCGCAAAGCAACCGAGUAUAUUCUUCAUCUCAAGAAAACUGAAGACACCAUUCAAUCAGAGAACACCCGCCUCCAGCAACUCAUGUCCCAAUUGCCAGGUGGCUUCCAGAUCCUUUCGCACUACAGACUCCAGCAAGCCCAGCGCGCCAAAGACAACGAGGCACUCAGGAGACAGCAAAUCGAACAAGAAAAACUCGAGCAACAACAGCGCAAGUCCAGCAACAAAAAGCAACGCCGUCAGACCAAAGGCUCUCGCAGCUCUGAUGAGUAUGAAACCUCUUCGUCGGCUUCCGACCCAGCCACGCCUCCUUACGGAGGUACUGGCCAGCGUGUUUUUAUGGCCGUCUUUAUGGCCAUGAGUUUCUUUUCUUCUCAACCGAUGCAUGCCGGACCCAUGAGUCCAGAACAGUAUCAGAACCACAACCAUGCGUCCCGAACACCUUCAACUGGUCAUAACGGCUACCCGGGUGGACAACACACAAUCCAUGGUGACAACCUGGGACCACAGUCGUCAGUCAACAAUAGUGCAACCGAGACCUCAUUUCUGGGCUCUUUUCUACCUCUCAACAGUGGAUGGUCUAUGAUUAGAACCACCAUCUUUAUUAUCUGUAUUGUCCAGAUAUUCUUGCCUAUAGUGAAGCACUGGUGCUCCUGUGCUGCCUUCAAGGUUAAACGCACAGCAAAUCCUAAGCGUGUCUCACCCCGAAAAAGAAACUCAUUCAAAUCCAGUGCUGCUUCUGCUACCACUGCUUCAGUUGCCGCCGAAGAUCAACUCACGCCUGGUGACAAGAAAUGCAAACAGAUUUACCGUAUCCUCAUCGAAUCUCUCAACCAAGACAACGAGUCCCUGCCACAGACAACCCCCAAAAUCCUCUCGAACAUUCUCAAAGAAUCCAUCUGCUUGUUCUCCAGACACGCACUUGGCUAUGAGAUCUUGUAUGAUCGACAUGCCCAAGACGGUCCCCAAGAAGAAUGGGCUCGUGUCUGCAAAUGGAUCAAAUUGAAUGAAAUCGAAUGCCUUGGUGGAAAUGUCCAUAUUACACGUGUCUCUAUGCUACACUCCUGUCUGCAGAUGAUUAAUCUAGUAGAUUCGCUCAACGAAGACGAACAUGACUAUGUUGGCCAGACCCGCCUCAGAGCUUACGCAAAUGCUGCCAUGGAAAUGGCUCUUAUUGUUCCCUUCCCGACCCUGGCCGAGCGCCUCUCGCGCUACUUCUGGCGCCUAUCGAUGUACGAGGCAUGUUCUGAUGAUGACAGCGUGACACGUUCUCUUGUCUGGGAUUGCCGCGAAGACGAUGCUGAGGAUCGAAUGGAUGUCAUGCUCCAGUCCCAGGCAUGGAAAGAGACCCUCGAGGUAAUGCAACACCAGAUCGGCAACUUUGGAGUCUCGUCUUCAGCAGGACACGGUUUGUCCCUGUCGAUGACUGCACCUGUCCUUGUGCCGGUUGCCAUCUUGUCUACUCUUCACCUGCUCGACAACCUCCAGACACAGUUUGGCCGCCUUGUGGUUACCAUCACUGGCGUUCCCUUGACAACUGCUGCUGCGUCCGAAAACGGGUCUGACUUUAGCGAGACCACGUUUGAUGAGAUUCUGGCCAUCACCACACCCGGCCCAAAGGAACUCGGUGCGACAGACAGUGACAUGCAGCGUUUGGCUCACUGGCUUGCUGCCGUAGGAGCCACAGUUGAAGCCCUGUGGAAGAGUGAUGUAGAAACCGCCAAACGCUGGAUGGCUACGCUUGUCCAACGCGUUCCUCGGUCUCUUGUGGCCACCGAGAUGGAAAAGGGUGAUUUGGUAGACCACAAAGCCAAGAUGAACCAAAUAGAUGAGCUUACGAAGCGCAGCAUGCUCCACAUCCUCUAUGGUGCCACUUUGCUCAAGUCUUCCAACGAAGACGAGCAGCGAAAGGGUGUCGAAGAACUCCAGAAGGCAGAGAAGAUCCGUCACAAUAUCAAGAAGAUCCUUGCCAAGGAUAUCAAGUCAUCGACUAUUGCGCGAGGUGGAGUACAAUAUCUGUCUUCUGAGUCAGUGCACAAGCAAGAUAUCGAGAGUGGAACGAUGGCGCUGGCCGAGUUUGUCGUGGCUGUUGCCGGCUUAGAGGCCUGGGUUGCAGCCUGGCAGAUGGUUAGUUCGAUCAAGAACCCACGCGAGCGUGAAAACUGGGAGAGCCAGGUCAGAGACCAGAUUUGCGAGGCUACGAUCACUCUUCGUCGUAUGAUCAGUCGCCAUUCACUUGGAGGGCUGCGAACAAACCAGGCUAUCAUUACUCGGUUAAUUCGUCUUAGUUCGUUUGCUUCCCAGCAAUUGGACGAGGUUGAUUUGAUUUACGAGGGAUCUGAGGACGAGUACUGCGACCAUCAAAUCUUUGGUGACAACGAAUCAGAUUCUGAGCUUGGCGAAGACGAAAGACUUGUAAAGAGAACACAAUUUGCACUUGAUAUCCUACGUGGUCUUGUCUGAUAUUCCCCACCUUCACUUCUUCUUCUUCUUCUUUAUUAACUGUUUCUUUAACUUUUAUUGUCUAUCUCUAACCUCUAUGGUUUCUUGUAAAUCAACCCUUGCUACUUGUUACUUUUUUUAAUUUUUUUAUUUUAUUUCUUGUUAUUCACUCCCUUUACUUCUUUACCUCUUAACUUCACACUUCACAACCAUUCACUCACGUCUUUUUUACAUAUAUAAUUAUCCCAUUUUUUUUUAAUACCGCGCAAGAAAGAAAGAAAAAAAAACGCCCUCUCUCCUCUCCAUCCUAUGCCCAAAUAAGAGCUUCUUUUUUUUUUCUCUGACCCUAUGCAUAUGCUGUAGAUUACUUGCGCGAUAUCUUACUAUUAUUAUUAUUAUUAUCGUUAUUAUUAUUUAUCACUAUCACUACAACAAUUACUAUCAUUAUUACUAUUAUAUUUUAUAUUAUACUCUUG